AUGGAGAACCUAUCUCGACUCAGCGGUAAAAAAUGUGAAAGCUCGUGCUCCCCUCGUCAUAAACCACCGGCCGGGCUCUUAGAUAAUUUAACGAUUUCGCCCUCCAGUAUGGCAAGCGCCAUCAGCAGUGCUUUCCAAUCUCGGGGCUGGCCCCCCUCUAUCUCAAAGGCUUCACGGAUGGACGAUACACGCCUCUUCUACACGAUCGCCAUGGACUCGACCACACGAGCGUACAUCCCGCUUGACCAAGACUUGCCAAUAGACAUGUUCAAAAAAGCAACCGACUUUUACAACGUUAUUCAGGAGAAGUUGAAGGAAAGAGGAAGCGAUGGUGUCACACUUCUCGGCGAGAUCCUGACACGACACCUGGGGACCGUCAUCUUUGGCAGCAACUACAUUGAGCGCGCCGGUCUCAAUCUAGAGGAGACGAUCAAUAUCUGCGAGAGGAUUUUCCGUGGAGAAUACGUCGAUCCUGAACAUAUUCCAGAAAGAGAGGUAGACUACGAGAAGAAGCUUAUCGGGGCUAUCCAUUCCAAGACACGGGCCUCCCACAUAAUUCGAAGCCGACGGGAGGUGGUUCAACAUGCGUUGGCGUUGAACUUUCUCAUAACAGAAAUGGUCGUGAAGGACAAGCCGUUGUCCGAGGAUCUUAUCCUACGUACUCAUCACAUCUUAACCGAAUCAAUCAACACAGCUGGAGGAAUGCCAUGGGAGGAGUACUCGGGACGGUAUCGGAAGAUUCAUGUCCAUGCUGGAAAUACUAAUUUUGUCUCCCCUAAGUAUAUACCAGCAAAGAUGCGAGAGCUGGUUUCCGAGUUCGAAAGAGAUGUCCAGAAGAUUGAAGCCAGCCGUAUCCUUGAUCCACUCACGCUCGCCGCUAAGUACUGCAAUGACUUUGUGAUGAUUCAUCCUUUUGCAGACGGUAACGGACGAAUGUGUCGGCUCAUCAUGAAUGCAAUCUUGCUUAAAUAUGCUGGUAUAGUGGUCUGUAUAGGUGAGCAUGACGAGAGCCGUCAGGAGUACAUCGAAAUCCAAAAAAGAGCCGGUGAGCAUAUGGAAGGGUCCGGGGAACUUGCCACACUGAUCCUAAAGAAGUCAAUCGCCAGAUAUCGGACUUUGAAGCAGAAAAUCAGUGGAAAGAAGCGGGUCUCCUGA